CUCGGCCCCUCGCUGCGUGUAGCAAAGCACAGACUUCCUGUUUUGCCCACUGGUAUCUCUCGCCACUCUCCCAGUCUCCCAGGAGCGACCCCCUGGCUGACCCUCUGGCUGACCCCUACUCUGGGGAAGGAGAAGGAGCAGGUAACAAACUCAGCAUUCAGGAUGUUCACCAUGACCCCGGCGUUAGAGAAUGCUCUCCUCCAGCAGUUCAUGUACCAGAAGCUGGAGAUCUCCUACGCCAUACGCAAGCCAUUUCCCUUCUUCGAAGGCCUCCGAGACAAAUCCUUCAUCACUGAGAGAAUGUAUAGGGAAUCUCUGGAAGCCUGUAGAAACCUGGUCCCUGUAUACAGAGUGGUCUACAACAUUCUCUCCCAACUGGAAGACACGUUCAGCCUGUCAUUUCUGCAGCUGUUAUUCAGCCAGAUCAACCUGCGUGAAUACCCCGACCUGAAGAUGAUUUUAAAUAGCUUCUUAAGUGUUGUCAAUUCCUAUGGAGGACGGAGCAAGGCCACCCUGACCCUCCCUGAAGCCCCAGCGAACUCACUAGAAAGAAGCUCCUGCCAGACCCUGCUGUCACUACCCCCACCGCAGCACCCCCCAUCGAGGCAUCUGACCCCUGGGCCCAGAAUCAGUACACCUGGAGCAUCCCCACAGCAUGUAGUGGAGGUCUUGGGCGAGCCAUCCAGCCCUGCUGGCCCUGCCAGAGUUCUUCUCACAGUCACCCAGAAAAAAAGGAUCACUCCAGUGACCAACUUAACAACUCACACAAAUGAUGAAGCAGAUUCACAACAGAUGCCCAGCACUCCCUCUACCGCUAUGCAAAUGAUAAGAAAUGAUUCUCCUGAACCAAACAACGCAAAAGAGCUCCAGGAGGCGUCCAGCACAGCUCCCAACAAGAAAGGGAAGAAAAGAAAAAGAUAUAGCUGGUCAACUCCAAGAAAGAGACACAAGAAAAAAAGUGUUCCAAGAGGAACCGCCUCACCUGGGUACGGAAUCCAAGAGACGCUCCAAGAGGUGAAUCAGGUGACUCAAAAGAAGAACAGCUCAACCAGGAACGUGGAAGUGGUGACAAGGGCCCAAAAGGCAAGGGACGAAUGUGCCCAAACAUCUGGACUUGAGGAGGUCAGUGAUGAUGCUUCAGAAACAAAUGAAGGAAAGACAUCCCAGGAGCCGCCCAGCACACCACCAAGAAUCAUGCAAGAUUCCCUGGAUUGUGGAAGUAAAGUGUCUAUAGGAAAAUCUUCUGGAGAAAAGCAAAAAAAGAGAAAAAAAAAUAGCCGGUCAAGUUCAAAAAGAAGACAGAAAAAAAGCCUCCCAAAAGGAACCGCCUCACCCGAGCACAGAAUCCAAGAGAAACUCCAAGUGGCAGAUCGGGCAACUCAGAGGAAGGACAACUCAACCACGAGCUCACAGAUGGUGACAAGGGCCCAAAAGGCAAAGACCAAAUGCGCCCAAACAUCUGGACUUGAGGAAAAGGAAAGGGAAAUAGAUGUCUGUUCAAGUUCAACAAGAAGUUGUCAGAAAAAUACCCCCCAAAAGAAAAAAAACGAAGAUGAAACCGUGGAUUUUCACUCUCCCGAACUUCCCGUGACCUGUGGCGAGGCAAAAGGGAUCUUGUAUAAGGAGAUGAUGGGAAAAGGAACCUCAGUGAAGUGCAUUGAAAACGAAGAGGGGGUUUGGUUGACUCUAAGAGAAUUUGAAAUCGAAGGGAAGAAGGCGCAUUCAAAGAACUGGAAGCAGAGCGUGCGUUGUGGGGGGCUGCCCCUGGCACAGCUGAUAGAGAAAGGACUUUUGUUCUGUCCUCCACGAAUAAGUCUCAAGAGAGAGAAAACCUCGGGCAACUGUGAGGUGUGCUGUAGAGGGGGACCACUGCUCUGCUGCGACACUUGUCCAAGAGCCUUUCAUAAAAACUGUCACAUCCCGUCUGCGGAGGCCGAGAGGAGCCCGUGGAGCUGCACCUUCUGCAGGAUGAAGGCGUCUUCAAGGAGUCGGCAGCAUCGCAGAAAGUCUGUGGCCCUGGCAAGACGGAUGAGCCCUGAGGAGCAGCUGAAAUGUGAAUUCCUCCUCUUGAAGGCCUACUGCCAUCCACAAGGCUCCUUUUUCGUGGCGACCCCACGUAAUAUGAAAGAUUAUGCUGAGCCCUUUAAGGAAGCCAUGUGGUUGGACCUGAUGAAGGAAAGGCUGGCUGAGAAAGAGUACACGAUGGCGUGGUUCGUACGGGACAUGCGUCUCAUCUUUCUCAACCACAAAAAUUUUUACAAGGCUUCCAACCUCAGUCAGGUAGGACUGGAUUUAGAAGCAAAUUUCGAAAAAGAUCUCAACGAGUUGCUCAUUUUUAAUGAAGCCAAUGAGAACAGUUUCCAGUCUCUUCCUUGACCCCAUUCUGGAAGGAUGGAGGGCCCCCAGCUUCAGGAUACAGACGAUGUGAGGCCAGUGGUCCUUAGAUGGUCAGUGAGUCUGGGAUGUGACUAGCUGUCCUCUGGACUCGAAUCCAGGCCCCUCAUAGCAUCGUCGUAUCCUCCACCUCCCGCGAUUAUUUCUCUACAGCUAGAAAAUUAUACCGCGCACCAAAAAAAAUUGAAUACUUCUUUAAUACCAUAAAUUCCCAUUACAGUUCACAUUUUCUAUUUCUCAUAAAUCUUUUUACAGUAGAUCUGUUUGUAUCAGGAUCCAGACAAAUCCCACACACUGCAUUUGGCUAAUCUGUCUCUUAAGUCUUUUUUAAUCAAGUGUUAUCAGCCCGACCCAUUUAUUAUAUAUCUUCCUUUCUCUUAAUGAUUUUAGCAGCCACUGAUGCUCAUUACCUAAAUCCAUUAUUUCAUUAGGAAUUGUGAAAUGAUAAUUCUAUUAUCCCUUCUAUAUUUAUUAGUCAGAAUUUUUCUGCAAAGAGCUUCCCCUCAACAAUAUUUGGUUAGCUUGAAAUACAAUUUGUACAGGCAAGGCAGGAUACAUGCUGAAUUCUUUAUUUAAAGUGUUCAAAAUAACGAAUUGGUUCCCUAAUAGCUUCUAAAAGUAACCAGGGAAGUUUCAUUUUUUUCUUUAAAGUAUCCUGAACACACAGAUUUAAAUAUAUUUAAUGUGUUCCAAAACAUUGCCGCUAAUAUUUUUAUUGCUGCUCAAAUUGCCCAUCUUCAAUGAGUGAGAGUCUCUUUGAGUUGGCUCCUGAGUUGUUUUGAAAUGACCUUAGCGCUCUUUGAUAGUGUAUUUGCUAUAUAAAAAAUGACCCCAAAGUUUAGUGGCUUAAAAGCACAACCAUUGUAUUGCUCACUCUCCUGUAGUUCAGCAAUUCAGGCAGUGCUCAGUGACGGUGCCUUACAUUUGCUAUGGUUUUGACUAAGCCCACUUAUGUUUGCAUCAUGUCACGUUGGCCACAUACUAUUGCUCCACUCAAGUCACAGGACUAGAUUCAAAAGAAGGGGAAAUAGACUGACUAUAUCUCUUGAUGGGAUGCGUGGUAAAGUCACAUUCAGAAAAGAAUGUUGCUUGUGAAGAAAUGUUGCCACAUCUGCAGACACAUUCCACCAUAGUUCACCCUCUGACGACAGCUAUUUAUAUAACCCACAUGCAAAGGAUAUUUCCCUGAAAGUUUUGCUCAUAGAAGCAUUGGAACAAAGUCCAGGACCUUGUCAUCUAUCAAAUUCAGAUCCCAUAAGGUUCAUUGGAUGCAGUUCCUUAGCUGCACCUCCUCUUAAACCAAAGACCCAUGAACUGAAAAACAAUUAUGUCUCCUCUCAAGUCUCAAAAUUCAAUAAUGAGACAGGGACAGAAUAUCCACUUCCAUUCAAACACAGAGUAAUGAAAAGCACUUAGCAGUCACUGAUCCAUAGCAAUUCUGAAAUCCAAUCAGGCACAUGUUGCCAGUUCCCCCAACCCAGGACUGAGAACAUUGCCUUGAUAAGGGUGGUACGAAUAUGAUUUAUAAAUAUAAUAGAUCUCUAAUUCCCAUCAGAAAACACAGGUUUCUUCCUCGUCUUCCUCUGGUUAAUAUUUGUGUCUCUCCCACAAUAUAUUUACUCACUUGCUCAACUCUAGACUACAACAGCAGUGUCAAAAUUUUUACACUCAUACCACUAUGAAAAAUUCACUAAGUUGAAUUCUAAACCUGUGUGAAAUUUAUUUUUGUUUCUGUUACAUAUCUAAUAUGCCAUUUCAGAGAGUACGUUUUAGGAUUUUGCAUUUGUAUUUAUAAACAAGAUUGGUCUGUGAGUUUUUGUAUAGUGCCAUAGUUAGGUAUAGGGUUAUCUUAGCUUGGUAAUAUAACACAUAGAACAUUCUACCAUUUUAUAUGUUUUUGGAAUAGUAUAGUAUUAUAAAUUAACCAAUUCAUAAAAUUAUAGAGCCUGUAGGGUUCUUUAGGGAAGUAGUAACAGUUUUUAAUUCUUCUAAUACUUACCUGCUAGUUUUCCAAGUGCAUUUUUUUCCAAGUGCAUUUUUAACUUACCUUUUAAAUAUCAGAGCCAAAAAUAAAAUAUCUUUAAUGUGACACAUA